AAAUGGGUCAUACGAGGCAGGUGAGUCCGACAGUGGCAUCAAUAAUGGCCCUUUUCGCCCUGAUGCUACUGGUCCACCAAGCCUCCUCCAUAGCAGAGGAACAGCAGGAGGAGAAGCGCGUUGAAACGGCCAUGCAUCAAAUGGCCAAGGAUUUGGAAUCCGGGCGACGCAUAAGUGCGAAGCAGAGUCAGGACAUCGUAAAGCAGUUUGAGCAUCUCGGGGAAUAUAUAAAGAAAGAGGCGUCAAGCAAGAGGGGAAUUAAUCUAAUCAACGGCAAGCCCGGCCAGGUCUACUCCAUAUAUUUCGAGUUCUCCAACCGAAAGCACUCGAAACGAAGGAGUUCUUAAAAAUCAAAGUUGAAUAAACAUCAGAGUGGA